CAAAAUUUAAGUAGCACUAGCUACUUGUCUUGUUUUAGACAAUAAAAAAUUAAUCCAUCGAGAAGAUGAAGAAGAGAUCAGCCACCACCAACAAUGAUUCCUCUAAACUUGAUCGCAAAACCAUCGAAAGGAACCGCAGAAUUCAAAUGAAAUCUCUCUGCCUUCAACUCGCUUCUCUUGUUCCUCCCAACCAUAAACCAUCCAAGUCCAAGUUGAUGGUAGGGCAGCAUGAUCAGCUGGAUCUUGCAGCGAGGUAUAUAAAACACAUGAGAGAGAGAAUAGAGAAACUGAAGAGGCAGAAGGAGCAAGCUAUGUCAACAAAGCAAAGCAAUGAUCGGAGAACGUUGAAUAAUAACGUUGAUUACAAAUUGCCGGUACUAGAGCUAAGAGACUUGGGUUCGGGGAUCGAAGUGGUGUUGGUGAGUGGUUUGAACAAGACAUUCAUGUUAUACGAAGUUAUUAGAGUUCUUGAGGAAGAAGGCGCUGAAGUUGUCACUGCAAGCUUCUCAACUGUCGGCAACAAAAUCUUUUACUUUGUUCAUGCUCAGGUUAAAAUAUCAAGAGUGGGAGUGGAGACCACAAGGGUAUAUGCUAGACUUCAGGAGUUUAUUGCUCCUCUAGAAAUUUGGGCUGAAGACGUUUGAAGACUUGGGAGUUGAGAGCAAGCUAUAUGUAUUGUGGUUUGACCACAAAUUAUUAGCUUGGUUUGAGUUUUAUAUAUAUAUAUAUAUAUAUAUAUAUAUUAGCUGUGUACCAAAAAAUAAUCCUAAGUGUGUGGUUCAGCGGUAGGAGUUGAUCCACGUUCAAACAAAGUCGGCACUGGAUACUUCAGGAAUGAACCCCAAAAAAGCUGUGUACCAAAAAAAAUUAAUAAUAUUAGCUAUUCUUAAAAGAAAAAGAAAAAUAUAUCUCCGCUUCGUUUUGGAAAAUUAAAAUUAAAAAAUAACGUAUUAUUCGUUUCGCAUAUUCAUUGUAGACACUUUGUAGA